AUGGGUGUAGGAGGUGACAGUGAACUUGGAGGAAAAGAACCUGUUGAAGGAGCUGGGAGCACUAAGGUAGACAGAAUUAAAGCAGACUACGGCAUAUUUGGCCAGGUGUUGUACCAUGUGGUGUCGUUCACUGAGGGUUACGAGCAGCAGGUGUUGUACUUGUGCAUGAGGAUCUUCGAGUCAACUAUGAGCUUCACCAAGAGCCAACGGACAAUGCUGAUGACUGUGUCGAUCAUGUCGCGGUUGUGCUUCUCGUUAGUGUGGGGAUUGCUGGCGGACGCGUUUGAGACUAACCUGGUGAUGGCUGCUGGGUUGUUAUUCAUGGGCAUCGCCUCAAUACUGCUAAGCGCCACGUCACGCUUCUCCUCGAUCCUAUUCUUACGCUUCUUACACGGUGCCGCAUUUGGUUGUAUUUACCCAGUGCAGCAAAAGAUUAUUUCGGAUGAAGAUGAUGAGCAGAGCGGCAACAGCAGCACGUUUACACGUAUUCAUGCGCUGAAUUGCAUCGGCCGUAUGCUGUGUGCUGCAAUAACCACGGAGGCUGCUCAAAACAUCUUGCUGGGGUUCAUCGGCUGGCGCGUGUCAUACAUUGUGCUGGGCUACCUGUGGAUUUCGGUUGGCAUCGCUAUUGUAUUUGCAAUGCAAACUGAGAAGGUACUAACUACUCCGUAUGGAUCUAUGGAUAAAUUUGUCAAACAAAUAUCCGGCUCAUUUUCUGCGGUUUUCUCGAAUUGGUCAUCAUUUCUGUGUAUAUUUACUAUGUUGAUCGCAGAGGCUCCGAUGUGCACUCUGCCGUACAUGAUCACGUAUCUGGAGUACCUGGGAGUAUCCGACAUGAAGGUUGGUAUUGCGAUUUUGGUCACCACGAUUGGCGGCGCAGCAGGGACUGCAGCUGGAGGUAUAGUUAUCGAAAAUAUUACGAAGAUGCAUCCAAGGUAUGGUGAGCUGAUUGCUGGCAUAGUCGUAAUGGGCGUGAGAUUAAUCGUUUGUGUCUUGUUCUUCGUGUCUCCGGCACCGGACGGACGUUUGAUGUGGUACCACUACAUAGAGUUUGCGGUUCUCGGUGCUACUUUGGUAACGGUUGGCGGCGUGGAUAGACCCAUUAUGAGAAAAGUAAUCCCGGACAGGUACCAGGCUAGCGCAUCCGCCAUCAUCCAGUGCAUAUCGGGUAUCUCGGUCAGCGUCAGUUUCGUGGAAAUAUUCGCGUACGUGUCGGAGAAGCUGCAUGGUUACGCCCCGUCAACACAGGCAAUUGAUGACAUGGACGCGGCUCUAAAGGAUAAUAACACCGAAGCCCUGAGGAAGUCGACCAUGUACAUGAUCGUGGUAGGAUCACUGCUUAACAUCGCCUGCUAUGGCGCACUAUUUGCCACGUAUGAGGAGGAUAAGAAGGAAAUCAAAAAGGAAAAUGUGAAGGUAUGGGUGGAAAGAAAGGAAAUACAAGCAGAAAAGGAAAAAAGGAAAUUGAGUCCGAAGACUGAAAAUGAAGUUGCAAUCACAGAGGCAGAUCUACAGCAAACUGUUCGGUCAGAGGGACGACCAAAGGAAGUGCCAGUGGCAGACCCAGAAGGGGAAAUGCAAUGGGGAGAAGAACCAAGUCGCAGAGAAAGCGAUGAGGUGCCAAUGACCAAAGAACAGCAACUAGAAUUCAUUCGCAAAGGUGGUAAAGACUGA